UGCCAGCUGGUGGAGCUGAUGGUGUUGAAGUUGCCUUGGACCCUUCGGAAUUGGACCUGGUCGAUACGGCCGACGCCAUGAAGGCGAAAUAUGAUGAACAGUUGCGGAGACGUCAGGCCGCGGGCUUGGGUGUUCCAGGACAGGAAGAUUUAUCAGACAUGGUUGCCGAACACGCCGCACGACAGAAGACGAAACGGAAGCGGCAACAAGAAAAGCAAGAGCCUCCUGGCAAACAAGCCAAGAAAUACAAGUUUAAAUUCUGAUCGCGAGUUCGACGAAUUCCAUAUCCUCAACAAUUUGCCCUCUCUUC